AUGCCUCGUGGACCUAAGAAACACCAGAAGCGCUUGAGCGCCCCGGCGCACUGGCUGUUGGACAAGAUGUCCGGCACCUAUGCUCCUCGCGCCUCUGCCGGUCCUCACAAGCUCCGUGACUGCCUUCCCUUGAUCGUCUUCAUCCGCAACCGUCUCAAGUACGCCUUGAACGGCCGCGAGACCAAGGCCAUCCUCAUGCAGCGUCUCGUCCAGGUCGACGGCAAGGUCCGCACCGACCCUACCUUCCCCGCUGGUUUCAUGGACGUCAUCUCCAUCGAGAAGACCGGCGAGAACUUCCGUCUCAUCUACGAUACCAAGGGCCGCUUCACCGUGCACCGCAUCCAGGCCGAGGAGGCUGAAUACAAGCUCGGAAAGGUCAAGCGCGUUCAGCUUGGCAAGGGCGGGAUCCCAUUCUUGGUUACGCACGAUGCGAGAACCGUCCGUUACCCCGACCCCUUGAUCAAGGUCAACGACACUGUCAAGAUUGACCUUGCUACCGGCAAGAUCACCGACUUCGUCAAGUUCGACACUGGUGUUAUCGCCAUGGUCACUGGUGGUCGUAACAUGGGUCGUGUUGGUGUCAUCACCCACCGUGAGCGCCACGAUGGUGGUUUCAACAUUGUCCACAUCAAGGAUGCCGUUGACAAUACCUUCGCUACCCGUGAAUCCAACGUUUUCGUUAUCGGACAGGACAAGCCCUGGAUCUCCCUCCCCAAGGGCAAGGGUGUCAAGCUCUCCAUUGCUGAGGAGCGUGACCGCCGCCGUGCCCAGGCCAUUGCUCAGUAA